UUGUUGACUGGCAGCUUCCAUCGUCAUUGAUGAACCAAGUGAAAUCAUGAAUCAUCAGUGAAGUCGAAGCUAAUAUCAAAGGCCAAUUUCAACAUUUCAACGCUGCCCACGCCGGCAUCGUUCUGUAACUAAACCUCUCAUUCUACAAUUUGUCCAAUCGCUAAAUCGUUACUCUAUUAUAACUAGGCUUUGUUUGCCCUGCUAACACACACACACUUAGCUUAGGAAAACUUGUAAACACUUUUGUGAAAGAUGACUGACAACGGAGCACACUCGACGGAAGAGGAUCCGGCCGCUGAGUUCCUGGCCCAGCAGGAGAAUGAGAUAGCGGGGAUAGAGAACGACGCCGAAGACUUCGGGGAACUGGACGAGGAGGACGGCCAAGAGAACCCACCGCAUCCGCCGAGCAACUACGAGCUUUUUGCAGAGGAGCCGUCGGCCACAGUGAACGGGGAUGUGUUUCAGGAAGCCAACGGUCCCACAGACAACUACGCAGCUAUCGCCCAAGUGGAUAUUCAAAGGCAAGAGCCAGACAGUCUUCGCAAGUGGAGGGAGGAGCAGAAAGAACGCCUGGAGGCUUUAGACUCGGCAGCCAAGGCAGCUGAGGCACAGUUGAGAGAGAAGGCCAAGAAGGAGCUGGAAGACUGGCAUGUACACCAGAAUGAGCAGAUGGAGAAGAACAAGGCCAACAACAGACUCUACCCAAGUCUGACACGAGCAUCCGAGGAGGUCCUCUUGGCCGAGAACGACGACGACAGUCCCGGCUCGGCGUGGGAGCGAGUAGCCCAUCUGUGCGACUUCAACCCAAAAACCAACAAGCAGGCAAAGGACGUGUCUCGGAUGCGCUCGGUCCUCAUUUCGCUUAAACAGACCCCUCUCGUACGCUAGUCUAGAGGACUUAACUGCACACUAACUUUGCCUUUUUCACUUGUAACCACACCUCACAAGAUACGUUUAUAAUCCCAUUUUUCAGCAAAAAAAAAAGACUCCUUCUAUAUGUAUAUAGACACCAUAUAUACACCCCGUAAAUUCCGUACUGUAAGCCACUAUGUUUUUCACAACCCUGUGGCUUAAACAACGAUGCAGCUAACACAACUAGUUCCCGUGAAGUGGAUGCUAACAGUCAUACGCAGCAAUUGUGUUUGGAUCUGAAAAAUCUUAAGUGGAUUUAAGCAAGCGUAGAACCACUAAAGCUUCUGCAAUUCUUAGAAGUCCAGCGAAAAAAUGUGUCGGACACCGAGCGUAGGUAGGAUUGCAAGGUUUAUAGCGUGUCUUGCUACCCUUGUCUAGCUUAUAGACAAUGUAAUUUGGUGGUUGGGCUCAAAGGUUCGUAAAUAACCAUCCCAAUUUUCUUGAUGCCUAUUUUAUGAAGGACUACUGCAUUAAUUUUAUCAUUACCGAAGAAAAUAUUGUUACUGUAAGUUAAACAUUUGUUACCCUUUUUUUUUUUUUUUUUUGAAUAUUUAGGUCAAUUUUUAAUGCAUGCCUAUGUUUUGUCAUUUUCCCCGUCAUGACUUCCUGCUUGAGGACACUGCAGUGUAGAUUGUAACCAUGUAUGCCUCUCGGUAAAAUAGAACCACAAACAUCCGCUGUAGCCUAUAACCCUAAAAAAAACAUCUUGGGGGAAAAAGUGAAGAGCUGUGACUUAAUUUGUAAAAGUGAAAUGAAGAAAAAAAAUGGCCCACAUCAAAUAGUUUUGCUCCAGCGUUUGAAUUUUAAAUUUUCAUUUCAUUUCAUCCAUAUUUUAUAAGCCGCAAUCAGCUCUGUGUCAAUUUUCACAUGUUGCCUAUUUGGGAAAUAAUGAGGAAAGUGAAUGUUAAAAGGGAAUUGGUCAAUUAAUAAUAAUAAUUAAAAAAAAACAACAGAAUGGAAAGUGACCGCUUGUCCUGUCUUUGUUUGCUACUUGCUAGUUGACCAAAAGGCUACAUUUUAUUUGAAGCCGUUAGAUUGACAACCAUAAAGUUUAUCAUUAAACCAGGGGUCUCAAACAUGCGGCCCGUGGGCCAAAUGUGGCCCGCAGGACACUAGUUUGAGGCCCCCGCCUUGAUAUGAAAAUUUAAUGUUAGUGCAGCCCGUGCAAGUUUGAUAUGGAUGCUGUAUGGUAUCAUGUACCCAGAAAAAAUUAUUACGUUUGAUUAAUGUUCAUGUUAAAGGUUAAAUAACUGUUAAUAGUUAUCCUCCCUAUCCGUGUGGAAGUGGUAAGUUUUUGAUAUGGAUGCUGUAUGGUAUCAUGUAUCCAGAAAAAAUUAUUACGUUUGAUUAAUGUUCAUGUUAAAGGUUAAAUAACUGUUAAUAGUUAUCCUCCCUAUCCGUGUGGAAGUGGUAAGUUUUUGAUAUGGAUGCUGUAUGGUAUCAUGUAUCCAGAAAAAAUUAUUACGUUUGAUUAAUGUUCAUGUUAAAGGUUAAAUAACUGUUAAUAGUUAUCCUCCCUAUCCGUGUGGAAGUGGUAAGUUUUUGAUAUGGAUGCUGUAUGGUA